AUGUCUGGUUCUGGUGCUUCCGGUAACAAAUUCCGUAUGUCUGUAUGUGACUAGUUUUAUUUUAUUGAAGACGUUAUGGGAGAGAUGUGAAUCCAAACUUAAGGACGAUAUUGAAGAAUGAUUAAAAAUGCAGAAAAUAACUAAAAUUGCUUAGUGGGAAAAGAAAGGGAUACAAGCGAAUAGAGCAUUAUAUUUGUCGAAGGAUAGUAAUUAGAAUAUAUUCAAAAAGAAAGAAACUCAUCUCGAAGUAGCGAUCUUUUUUUUUCAUAGAUGAACAUAAUACUAACAAAGAUUCUAGUUAGGUUUACCAGUUGGUGCCGUUGUAAACUGUUGUGAUAACUCAGGUGCAAGAAACUUAUACAUCGUCUCUGUUAAGGGAUUCGGUGCUAGAUUAAAUAGAUUACCUGCUGCCUCAGCCGGUGAUAUGGUUAUGGCUACCGUUAAAAAGGGUAAGCCAGAAUUAAGAAAGAAAAUCAUGCCAGCAAUUGUUGUUAGACAAGCUAGACCAUGGAGAAGAAAGGAUGGUGUCUACUUAUACUUCGAAGAUAAUGCUGGUGUUAUUGUCAAUCCAAAGGGUGAAAUGAAGGGUUCUGCCAUCACUGGUCCAGUCGCUAAGGAAUGUGCUGAUUUAUGGCCACGUAUUGCUUCCAACUCUGGUGUUGUUGUUUAG